CCGACCACAUCACAACGAUUAGCAAGCGGACCAUCAAUUUCUAGCGCAUCUAUCCAUCCAUCAAACUGCGACGCAAACAUUCUAUCUGACAGCACUAGCAGAGGCUGGUUCAGCGACAACAAUGGCGUUCGUGCCGAUCUGCGUGCAGUGCGGGACGAGGAGCAACCCGUGCCGGUGCAAGGUGGUCGGCCCGACGCUGGGAUUCGUGGCGCUCGUCGUGGCCGGAGUGGUGGAGUGGCCGCUGGGUGCUGCCGUGUACCUUUUCCGCCACCGCAAGGGCCGCCGCAUCAUGGGUCACCCGGCCAGGGUCGUGUACCCUCGCGUCACCGGCGCAAUCCCCAUCUAAUCGACCGCAGCAUCUUCGUCUUCGGUGGUGAUCUGUCACGAGGUACCGCCGUUGGCUUGUCAAGCUGUGUCAUGUAAUCUGGGAGAUUCGUCUCCCCGACUUUCAGCGUUUGUUUAAUAAAGCGAGGUUUUUGUUGUUGUAGUAUUUGCAAGGCUUCGCCGUGGUUGUACCAAAUAUUUGUUCGUCGAUGUAAAGUAGAGUAGCCUUUUUGGUUACCCCGAGUGCUGUGUAAUAGCAUCGAUCAACUUGACUCCUCUUUUCGGAAAAUGCUCUUUAU